UUUCAUGUUUUUGUCCUUUCAAUCUAAAUUCCCAUUUUGUCGGCUGGUCGUAAACCAAGGUGGGGGCUGAGGAAAGGAGAGGAGGAUGGAAGGAGACGAGGACGUCAGCAGACAGUGUUGGGCCGCGGCUGCUGUAUUCCUUCGACUCUCUUCACCUCCAUUCACACAGUAAAUAAAAGCAUGGAGGGUCUGCCUCUCGGGAUCUAACAUCAAGCAGCGGGGGGUAAAGACACCGCCGCAUGCGUUCUACCCUCGCCUAAACGCAAAGGACGGAGGCGGGGAAGCGGCGAACGCUUCGCCCGGUGGAUUUAACUCGUUUUUCUGAAGAAGGGAGGAUUGUUGUCGGCGCUAAGAGCGGGGCAGUCCGCCGUGCCGAGCAUGAAGCGGACGGCUGGAGUGGCCAGGCACAAUGGCCUUGUCUCUCCGCUGGGGAACAACAACUCCGGAGCUUCGAGCAUCGUAUCACCGCACAGAGCCGCUAGCAUCCCCGCUUCUACCGACAGCGGUGCCGGCGGUGGGAUGGACGGCCUGGUGGAUUUCUCCAAAGGCCUCGUCGUCAAAACCGAACUGGUGUGCAAAUGGAUUGACCGAACUUCUUCGAGACAGAGGCUCGGGCGGACGGCGACGACCGUCUGCGACCAAACUUUCAGCUCCAUGCACGAGCUGGUGGACCACGUCACCACCGAGCAUGUAGCCGCGGGGCUGGAGAGCCUCAGUCACGUCUGCAUGUGGGACGAGUGCCUGCGCGGCGGGAAGGCUUUCAAAGCCAAAUACAAACUCAUCAACCACAUCCGCGUGCACACCGGAGAGAAGCCGUUUUCUUGCGCGUUUCCAAACUGCGGCAAGAUGUUCGCACGCUCCGAGAACCUCAAGAUCCACACGCGCACUCACACUGGUGAGAAGCCAUUCCAGUGUGAGUUUUGCGAGCGACGCUUCGCCAACAGCAGCGACCGGAAGAAGCACUCACAGGUCCACACUGCGUCUAAGCCCUACGACUGCAAGGCACUUGGUUGCACCAAGUCCUACACCCACCCAAGUUCCCUGCGCAAACACAUGAAGGUUCACGUCAAGAUGUCACCUACCUCUGAACCCCAGGACCCAUAUGACUCCAUCCCUCAUCAACUACAACAACCUCAUCAGGCUCUCCUCGAGCCCCUCAACCUUAAAAUGAACCGUCUCUCUCCAUCACUUGCCAACAGAAAUUCAGAAUUUCCACUUCUGACUAAUCACGAACUGGGUAUUAGCUCAGCCAGCGAAGUUGACCAUAAGCUGCUGCUGCGAAGUUCCUCCCCAAUGGCAAUGCCUCUGGAUUUGUCUUUGUCGGGCCUGAAAAAUCAGCUGGCCCAGAAGCAGCAGAGUGGAAGGACCCCACGUAGGAGCCAGCGCUCAGUUAACCCAGCCUUACCUCAGUUGCCUAACAUUAAAGAGUGGUAUGUCUGUACCAGGACUACAGCCCCACACUUUCCUCUACUUCACCCAGACCACAUCAAAUCAGAACCUAGUGAUGACGAGGAGUACGUCACGUAGGAUGGAGUGACUGGUGAAACUGAAGGUUCACAACAGACCUCAUACGUUCACAGACCCAGGUCAGGUCAAAUUAUGCUCUGUGGAAUCAUAGUUUCUGUUAUUUUCUAGAACCAGUAGCUGUAUGUUUCAGCAUCAGUGGCACUUCUAAAACGCAGGAGGGUAUGAUCCGAUGGAUGGCUGUUCCUCCGUCUCAGAUACAGAACUCGGCUCAGACAUCAUCACCAUCUGUGGACCAAAAGGAAUGGAUCAGAAAUGCCACAAGGGACAAGAAGAAUUCUAUCACUAUGAUGAUCAAAUGAAACGUCUGAAAAAUAAUUGCAAGUUAUCUAAUCAGUGUUAGCUAGCUAACCUGAACUAACAAAGGGGAUUAUUUUGUACAAUUGAACCAGAGAAUGUUGGUGACUGUUGUGCUAGUUGUUAAAGAAUAUAAAGAGAGUGUGUGUGUACAUCAUGACCCCUCUAUAGAGACAGAUUUUUGACAAAUUUAUCUUCGACAUCCACCUAGAUGAAGCAAUCUCAAGGGCUAUUGACACAGAUGGAACGUGGGUAUUGUGAAUCUGAGCUCACAAUAUUAUUGUACAAAUGGUAAUAGACCGGGCGAGUGAAUGCCUGUGAAGGCCUCAGUAGGCUUUAAGCAAACUAUGUGGUACAAUGUGAGAAAGUUACAAAGUCUGUUAGAGGUAGCUCACUGUGCUGUCAGAAAUUGUCUCAGAUGCUGUUUGGCAAUCAGACCAGAUCUUUGUUUGACACAAACUGAGGCCUUCACUUAUAACCCUUGGUAGUAACUUGCUCAAAAGUGUAUUAUGUCACCACAGUCUAUUCUAACACAGCAUCCAACAGUAAAGCUUGAGAUUUAAGACAGUGGGAUCCCCUUUGUACUGAUCAAGUUUCCUUAACCUCUUCAACUCUAUGGACCUUUCAGAAAGUUCAUCAUGGAUUAAUGUUUACACUCCACUUUAAUUCAGUUCCCCAAGGUUUCCAAAAUGACCAUGUAGGUCAUUCACAUAUUCCUUUAACAAAAAUUGUGUAUUAAAUGAUGCACAACCCAUCUAGUAUUGUUCCUUUGAUCAAACAUGCAGCCAUAAAAAGUUAGGAUUGGAAUAUCCAGUCAAUGUAAGCAUCCUGUAAGGUCAAUGGAUCAAGAAAGUGCAAUGUAUUGUCUAAGAUUGUGGUGGAAGUUGAAAAAACUUAUAAUUUAUUAUUUGAAGAGACCACUUUAAAUGCUUGAUAAGUGAGUCAUGUGCAUUAUCCACCAGUAGGUCAUUUCAAGCUGGAUUUUAUCCAGGGAUGUAAGGAAAUAUAUCUGAAGCUGAUUAAUUAAACAAUAAAGCAGGAUAUAAAUGAUAUUUCAAGAGAAACGCUACUGGUGUAUUACCAGACGGAUGCAUAGAUAAUUUGUGAAAAAAAUCGGAGAGUUUAUUUCUAUCUUCAAAAUAAAUUUGGCUACGAGGGGUUCAAACAAAUCAUCACAAGCUAAUUCAUUUGGAAUUCAAGAGCAGAGAGGGUAGGUGCAAGUUUAAGGGUAGAACUGUGUCAUUGCUGUUUUGAUUCUAAAGAGCAAUGCCAUCUACUCAAGCAGCUUGCAUCAAUUGACAUGGUUGGCGUGGUGGAGCAGUGGACUGCACUUUCACAGUCCUUUUUGACUGGAGUUCCAAACAUGCAUACUGAAUUACUACUGGUUGUUUGUCCAUUUGUAGCCCAAUUCUGGACUGGUGUACCAUACCUUUCACCCAAUGUGAGAGAUUGGCUCCAGCUCUCUGUGACCCUGUCAACAAUAGACUGGUAUAGAUAAAGGAGGGUUGGAUGGCAUGUGCUUGAAACUACUCAAUAAACAGCUCAAUAAAAUCCUUUGUAUUUGACCUGGAAGUUUAGUUACAUGCUUUCUUCUAAAUUGCAUUUGAUAAAAAGUAAAGAGCCACGUAUGGAAAACAAGCAUGUUAAGACCUUUUGACAAUAUCCAUUGCUCAGAGUACAUUCACUGAACCACUGGUUUGUCUUUAUGAAAUAUAGGAGACAGAUGACCUAUUAAACUUCAUUGGAUAUCCUGUAACCCUUUAAUGUUCCACCUUUAACACCCUGACCCCAUGAUAAAGCAACACAAAAUCAUAAUCAACUUGUAACUAAAUGAGUCAAUACGAAAGGAAAAACAAUUCAUUACACUGAACCAAGCUUCCUGCCCUUCUUGUUGAAUAGAGAACAUUUUAUCAACCAUUUUAUCAACCAUCCAAGAAGGGUUGAAUCAAGGGCAACUGUGUCUGCUGUGGGAACUUAAAGAUUUACAUCCCUCAUCCGAGAGGCUUCCUCAGUUCUGACUGAUUGGUGACGAGUUGAGUUAUUCAACCUCUGCAGGGUUGUUAUCAAGGCCUUUACAGUCAUCAGAGUCAUUGGGGUCAGAGCAGGCCAAGUGUUAUCGACAGUUGGAUUUUUUUUAGAGUCACAUGUGGCGAAGUGGGAAUCUCCAGGGAAGGGAUGAAAGAGCAGCAUUGUUGGUUGGAAAUAAGUGUUGUUGUAGACCUCCUCCACUGUCAAAGGAAUCUAUACACAAUAUGAGUAUUGUUUUUGGCAGAGUAGUGUCCCUUAUCCUUUGGGUGUAGGUAAACUGCUGGGGCCCUCCUUUGUUGAGCUUCCAUGUAUUUAAGGGUUGUUCAGUCUCACCAAAAAUACAGGUCCGUGCAUUCCUCACUGCAAUGGACUGUAUAUAUCAGAUUGCUCUUCUUGUCUCUGGAUGUGUGGUUUUUGAGUUUUUAUUUUGUGUGAAAAACAGGGAUGUGAUGAUAUUUUUUUAAAAGAUUCCCCUGAGGUUCUAAGAUUCCUCUUUUCAGUGUUGUGUUAUUCCUUUACUCAACCUUACCUGGAUAAACAUGGCCUGGAUGUCUGAGAAUCUCCAUACACAUUUUUUUUUACUGUACAGUUAUUUGAUUCUUUUAAACAGACUUCUGAAAACAGGUGAGAAGACUUUGUCUGUCUUUUUAGAUGACAACAACGCUCAUAAGGCUUAAAGAGAACAAUACUUUAAUGAUGAGUUAAGUGUAAGUUCAGGAGAUUUUUCUCAAAUAUAACUGAAGAUCAUCUGAUACAAAUUGCAAGCUCUCAGGCACAUCUGCAACAAUUUAGACCAAGAGAAGUUCCAGGCUGAUUGGUUUAGUUGCACUACUGUUCCACUAACUGAACUACUACGUAAAGUUAGGGUCUCCACAUAAUUCAAGCCAACUAAAUUAAUCCAUGUUUAGAUUUGUGAUUAAUUAAUAUCAGACAUGAAGUGGAAAUGCCCUACCAGCUCAGACUGCUUCACACCAAGGUGCUUUUAAAAUUACCAUAGACUGAUACUCUUUUUCACCACGGACCAAUCUUUAAUCUGCAGGACUGACCCCUGUGACACAAUUGUACCAAAUACCUGUUGACCUGUGAUAUUAUGUCCAUCAUAUUAACUAGAAAAGGUAUUGGAUACAGAUCAGGCAGUGUAAUUUCACCUAAACCAGCACUCAAGUCUUUGAGUGCCGUGAAUUUGGGGGUCAGACUUUUAAUGUGAAGGAACCAGCCCUUCUACUUAAGAUUUAAAGUCAGAGUUGUAAACAGACUGAACCAGCAGUAUGUGAGGUAACAAGAACAUUAUUUUUUCUAUUAAUAUUUUAAAGAAGUUUGAGGCUAAGCUACUGGUUGGAGGCGCUGGCUCAAGUCUCAAGGUCAUUUAAAAGUGAGUAAAACUGCAUUUUACAUCCACUGGUUUACUGCAUGAGUCAUUUGCAGUCUUCAAAGAGCAAUAAAAAAAUGUGAUGAAUUUCUCA